CAUGAACAGCCGUGAUGGGAGCUACACCCAUUACACGCUGUGUUUUCAGCGAGCGACGAGGAAGCUGCUGCUGCAGCUCUGACACAGAAAGAGCAACACAGCGAAACACGGCAGGCUGUUAGCUCAGAGGCGGCAUGGCGGGGCUACAGGGCUUCCAACAAGACAGCCACUGUCACAGGAAAACGUGGAUUAAUAUAUUUUUAGGAAUACUUCAGAUACUUCUACCAUACGUUCAACACGGAGGGGCUCAGUUGCAAGCUCUGAGUCAGAUGUCCACAAGCGUGGUUGAGGUCUGGCAGCCAGAGGAGACAGACCCAUUUGUGCCGCUUCAGGUGGUGGAGGAGCGAAGAAGAGAUGGUCUUCCUCUGGAAGACGGUUCCUCUCCAUAUACACAAGAGAAUGGGAUGCCUCUGCAUAUUCAGCCCCCAGUGUUGGAUUUUGGGACACAGCCGCUGGGGUUGCCAAGAGCUGAAACCAUAUAUAUACACAACCCCAGCCAGGAAGUUCCUGUGACCCUGCUGUCAAUGUUUCCAUCCAGCAGGCAAUUUUACAUACCUUCCUUUCACAGAAGAGUCAUACCACCGAAGGGAAAGGCAUCUUUUAAACUAAUUUUCCUCCCAUCUGAGGAGGGCAGUGUAGAAAACACAUUAUUUAUAAACACAUCAGCCCAUGGGCUGCUUUCGUACCAGGUGUUUGGUGUGGGAAGCCACCAAACUUCGUUGAAAUCUUCCCAACGAAAGAAAACUCAUCUAAUGUUCCCUCACAUCCAGAGCAUAAAGUUGACCCAAACUCAGGAAGAUGCCUCUAACAUCACCAUUCUGGGUCUGCUCCUGGAGUGCAGUUUCCCAAAGAGUUUACUGAACAGUCCUCAGGUACUCCUCGUUUUCUCAGCCUGUCAGUGUUAUUUUGCUUUUUAUAAGCCAAUGUCUCACAACUCAGGGAAGCUUUACAUUAAAAUUUUGUUUUGAAUU